AUGACAUCGCCUGGUGCAUCGUCGCCCAAUACCAUCGUUUUCGAUGGCAGUGGAGAUCUCUGGCUGGCUUUCGGUUCCGUUUCAUCUUCUAAAAUCCUUCACGUUGACUCCAACGCGCUCUGCCGUGCCUCCAAGGUCUUCCGCGCCAUGCUCAGGGGCCACUUCAGCGACUCCAAGCCCGCCAACGACCUGCAUCGUUGGGAAGUGAAGCUUCCCGAGAAUGAUCCAGAAGCUUUUGUUGUUCUAAUGGACGUCGUACAUGCAAACUUCGGCCAUGCGCCUUUGAACCUAAAGCCUCAAGAGCUCUACAACAUCUGCGUCUUGACCAACAAAUACGACAUGACCAAGACGCUGCGGCCUAUGGCGACAGCUUGGUACGAAAGGCUCAAGAGCAUGUGCCAGCGCAGUAAUAAGAUGCAGGCAUACAGCAAGAAUCUAUUCGUGGCUUGGGAGCUCGGAUGCCAGGGCGCAGUCGACUUGUUGAUCGAUAGAAAUACUCGGCUGAACAACUUGGAAACUUUCAGACUGAUUCCUUUGAUCGAUCCUAUUACUCAACACCGCGUCAAGAUACUCCAAGUCUUCCAUGCAGAAGGCAAGGAGAUAGCAAUCAAGAUUCUCGCCAAACGCCCACUCUGUUGGCAUACCGGCCCUUGCUCUGCUGUGAACCUUGCAGAUGGCAUCCCCGAAAAGUUCAUCCAAGCAACACAAGACCUUGAGAUAGAUUCUUUCUUCAUGCCCUCGUUGAAUGCCGACCAACUUGGAUAUCGAGGCAGCGUGUCAAGAUUGCAUCGCCUGUUUAAACAAGUCGAAAGGCUUACAUUUGGAGAGCAUCACCCUCACUACUGCCGCCAUAUGGACAUGCUCGUGGGCCAAGCAUGCAAGAUUGACAUGACGGCGUACAUGGGCAGUAAUGACAAAGCCAUUCUGGAAGAUGAAGACAGUGGAGAUGACGGGAACAGUGGUUUUCGAAGCCUGUCGGUUGAAGCUCGAUACUAA